AUGAAGAGAGUAAAAACUAUAGAUUCCAUCCCAAUUGAUCUCUUUUUCGAGAUCUUCUCAAGAUUGCCUACAAAGUCAGUCGGGAGAUGUCGUUGCGUGUCAAAGCUAUGGUCGUCCAUACUUGGCCGUCAAGAAUUCACCGAGUUGUUCCUGACCAAGUCCUUGACUCGUCCACGUCUUUUAUUUGCCCUUGAACGAUACAACAGUGGUGAAUGGUUCUUCUACUCGUCACCUCACCCUCAGAAUCCAUAUGAGAAGUCUACUGUAGUAGCGGUCGAUUUUCAUAUCAAGUUCCCUAGAAGCCCAAGUAAAUGUAGCUAUGCCUCUGGUUUGUUCUAUUUUCCAGAUGUGUGGAUUUCAAAAAAUAAGGGUGAGGAUUCCGUGCCUGUGAUAUGUAACCCUAUCACAGGACAGUAUUCCAUCUUACCUAAACCGAUCUCACCCAAACUGAGCACGAAGAGAGAACCGAUCAGCUUUUUCGGGUUUGAUCCGAUUGAGAAGCAAUUCAAGGUACUGCUGAUCCACACUGUAGUUAAUAAUGAAACGGUUCAUCGUAUUCUGACAUUAGGAGCUGGAAAAAUGAGGUGGAGGAAUAUCCAAUGUCCCUUAGCCCAUUAUCCUGCUCGUGAAGGGAUAUGCAUCAAUGGGGUUUUGUAUUACUUAGCUCAACAAACUAAUAGAAAGUCUUAUGCGAUAGUUUGUUUUGAUGUUAGGACUGAGAAAUUCAAGCUUAUUGAUGCAAAAUGCUUUGGUGAUCAGUAUGGAAUUAAAUUGAUAAACUAUAAGGGGAAAGUAUGUGGGGUUAGGUUGAAGUAUAAAAAUGGUAGUGAGUGGAAAAGUGGAAGGCAUAUCCGUAAGUUAUGUAUGUGGGUUCUAGAGGAUGUCGAGAAACAGGAAUGGUCGCAAUAUGUCUACCCUUUUCCGAAGAAUGGAUACUGCAAUCGUCUUUUCAUUGUUGGGAUGACUACUACAUGUGAAAUUGUUUUGUCAGAGAACUUAGGAUCUAAGCCUUAUAAUGUUUGCUACUUCAGUCCCGAGAGGAACACUUUACAAUGUGUUAACUUCCAAGGUGUUGAAGGUAACCUUGAAGAGUUUAAGCAUUUUAAUAAACUUUAUGCCUUUGUAGACCAUGUCGAGGAUCUUAGUGUUAACAAUGCAAAGCAACUCAUGUCAAGCUUAUUUGGUCUUAGGAACUUAGGCUUGUUUCAGAGCAUAAACAAAUUUGAUGCUUUGUGUCCUUUAGAUGAUGAUUAAUAAUAUACAUGAACGUGAUUGCUUCUCUUGCUCCUCAAGGCAGCUCUCUAUUUGAAACAAGUUGUAUUCUCUCUAUGUAAACAUUAAUAU